AUGGCAACAGUUCUGUUAGAAGCGCGUCCUUAUCGGCCGUUCAAAUCAAGCGAAGAAUAUUUAUAUGCAAUGCGAGAAGAUUUAGCUGAGUGGCUAAACACACUUUACCCCGAGCUCAUGAUUAAUGUUGAUAAUUUCAUGGAUCGACUUGAUACUGGUAUUGCAUUGUGCAAGGCUCUUAUUAGCCCAAAAAAAUAA